UUGAACAGUAGAGUCAGGGAAGUACUGGUGGAGACACCUAAACUAAAUGAUUUCCUCCGCAAUAAUGUGGGUGGCAGGGGUGUUGUUGAUUCCAAUGAGAAUGUUACCAUGGAGGCAUUUGUCAUAAAACCAGAUAUGUUUAUUCAAGAUGAAGAACUGAUAAGGUUAAUUACUGCACUGCCCGCCUACGAGAGAAUAAAGGAAAAUAUGGGGAUUCUGCGGGAGAAAGUAAGGGUUCUUAACGAGGUUGCAAACAAUCUUGAAAAAGCAGGAGUUUACUCUCUGCAGCAAUGGGAUGAAUUCACAGACAAGGAGAGUAUUCUUUUAAUGGCAAGGGGGAUUUUGAAUGCAGCUCUUAAUAUAGCAAAGGAGAAGGGGUUUGUUUCUCAGUUAGCUACAUCUGUGGUAAUGGAAGGUGCAUAUGAAUCUGUGUAUACUGCGACAUGGCACUAUGUGGAGGGUGUUGGUGGUGAGGGAUUCGGUAUGCAAGUGAAAGAGGGCCAUCCACCGCAA